GUAAAUUCUUCUGUUGUCCCUAUGCCUCGGCCAGUUGCUGUUGGGACGGAAUGGGCUGCUGUCCCCACGGGAAGACCUGCAUCGGCAUUUUCGGAGUCGGAGUCUGCGUCGGAUACGGACCCGAGAAAAAGGGACACAAGACGAUCGUUUCGGAAAUACCCGCCGGUCCCAAGUACGAGAAGAACGCCCUCAAGACGAGUAGCAAGUCCGAGAGAAUGUGUCCGGACGAAAUUCACAGCUGCCCCAAAAACAAGGAAUGUUGCACUGCAGUCGAUGGAUCUGUGUCAUGCUGCGACAAAUGAAUCCAGGAGAGAAAUGUCCUCAGAAGUUGACAUUGAAGUUGUCUUUCACGAUUCUCCAGUUCUACAAGUGAGAUUUUGAUGAAAUCAAUUUUCAUGGCAACUCGAAAUAAGCUUUCAGAGCAAAG